CCCGGUUCCGGUUCCGGUCUCGGUGCGGCACCGGGGGUCCGGGGGGCUCGGGGUGUCCCGAGGGGUCCCGGCGGGACCGCGGAGCCGCCAUGGCCGGGAGCCGCACGCAGAGGAUCGGCAGCGUGUUCAGCCGGACGCGGGACCUGCUGCGCAUCGGGAUCAUCAAGAAGCCGCUGUGGUUCGACGUGUACGCGGCGUUCCCGCCGCUGCGGGAGCCCGUGCACCGCGCGGUGCGGCCGCGCUACGGGCAGAACGUGGACCCGGUCGCGCCCGUGUUCUACCGCGAGGAUGAAGUGCGGGCGAGAUUUUACAGAGUUUAUGGCAGUGGUCCAAGGCCUUUCGACCUGACACAGUUAAACUUCAAAUCUACCUGCCAGAGGUUUGUUGAGAAAUACAAUGAGCUGAAGGAAGAAGGGAAAAUUGAAGAGGAGAAAUUGUUUGAAGAAACAGGAAAAGCCCUUCUAGCCAGUGGGAUCAUUUUACAGAGAAGAGCAACAGAUAAAGUGGCACAGCAGGAGCACCAGGGAUCUGCUGGAACCAGGGAUCCUGCCUUACACCAGCAGCUCCAAACCGUGCUGGAGGAGCUGCAGGAGAAGAGGAAGGGUGGGGAGGAGCAGACACCAGAGCUGGCAGGGACACAGAAGGAGGGACACACUCCUUCCUGACAGCUCUGCUGCCCUGGACUCUGCUGCCCUGUGCCCUGGCUGUCACCUGCCAGGAUCCAGCCUCCACACCUGGCACUUUGGGACAUUUCCUUGGGGGGAAUCCAGCUCUGGUGCUCCCCAGACUCAUGAGUGUGACACAUUUUCCUCCAUCCUUCUCCUCAGGGAUGAAAUUGGAGAUGAUAUUUUUUUUUUUUAAGGUUCAAGGCUGUUAUCUCAAAGUGUGAGUUGGAAAAUAAGAGUGGAAAAUAAACCAUUUUCUUUCAAAGUUGGAAGUUCUACCUGUUCAGGUGUCUUGUUUGCAGCAGUAAAGAUGUUUCCUGCUGUGGAAGUGGCAGGUCCUGUUUGAUGCAUCCCAGCAGCUGCCUCAAGUGUCAUCUUUUUAUAGCUCACUGAGGAAAGUUGCUCCUUAUAGAAAUGGAAUAAUGUGCUCUUCCCAUUCCAUCAUUUGCUUAAAUUCAGAGUGGGAUAAAGUGUGGCAAUACCAGAUAAUAGGGACCUCUGUGGUUUUUUAGUGACUCCUCAUGAAAUUGGUCACCUCUGAAGACUGAAAACGGGGUGUCCCAGCUGUUUGCUGGGAGAAAGGUGAUGCUGCUGCACAAAGUCACAGAAGUGUGGCGUGGAGCAACAUAAGGAAAUAACAGCUAAUCUUCCUGGGAUUAGAACAGAGUUCUUCCCGUGCCUGCAAACUCCAGGCUGAGCUUUCAUUAAACAUUUUGGGCUGUAUGAAAAACAAA